AUGGUGAAGCUUCGACGGCACCUGCUGUUCUCCCUUGCCGUGUCUGGUCUACGAGGACCUGCCAGAGCUCUUCCGUGCGUUGGAUUUGCCACCCUGGUGGCCUAUCGUCUAUUGGUCACGGGCCGCGGCUUUGCCAUGCCAAGGCGUACAGUAUCUGGACCUGAGGAUGAACAGAUCCGGAACCUGACUGCCAGGGCUUUGCGUGAGCGGCUCCGUGCUUUGGGCCUCCCGCGCUCCGGGCCGCGGAAGGCUCUCCGCUUACGCCUGGCCGGCGCAGAGCACCGUGUAGAGGCCUCUUUCUUAUCAAAGAGGAGGCGCCAGCGCGUGUGGUGGGCGAAGGAGCAGCUCCGCUGGAACAUGACAAAUCGAGAUGGGUAUGUGCGACCUCCACCGUCCCUAGGACGAGGUUCGCAAAAUCCUCUUUGCGAGCUUGGUGAGUGCGGUGACGCGGCUUGUGCACUGUACCGUUUCCGCGCUGGCUGUGAAGGGGUUCGGUCAGACUUCAUGAACUUUUGCGCCAAGCAGAUCGAAGAUCAUUUCUGGCAGGUGCAGACACACAAUGAUGAAGGGUUAGUGUAUUGUUCGCUCGGAUGCGGCUGUCUGUACUUCGACUGGGAGCUACUGGAUCAGCUGGUCACUAGAGCAAGGCUUCCCAUUGACCAGGUCUGGCUUGUGGACCCGGCCUUUUGGAGGAAUGAAACCUUCUCCACUGCCGAGCUCAAAGCGCUGAGAGCCUUUGGCCAGUGGUUUGCAGGUGUAUUUGACGUGCACUCCUUCCGCACGGCACGUUCUCUGAAGCGUUGGUGUCGAGCCUUUUCUGGACAGUUUGGUCUGGCACAUGUCGUCAUGGAAUGCGACAGUGUGCAGACCCACACGCUGACCGACGAUGCUGAUUUUUGUCGGUCUGUUCUGCACGACGAGGCUCUGGGCCUCCAGAUCUUCAGCCAGCGCCUGGCAAACCGACGCCCGGGCCCGGGCCGGCGGCGUGGACCAGUGCCCGUAGCCCCGGUGCGUUGUGUACGUCGGAGGAAGGAGGACAGGCUGGAAACGAUGCAGCGGGACCAGUGGACCAGUGGAGCCUGGCUGCCUGACUUCUUGGUCAAUUUCCCGGAAGAUGAGGAGGAUCCGGCGGACUGGAUUGCAGAAGAUCUGCGUCGUCGCUACCGCUGA